AUGUUUGCCCCCAAUGUGAUCGGCACCGCGAACGCCACGGCGGCUGGAUGGGGCAACCUCGGUGGCGGAGUCACCCAGAUCUUCAUGAUGAGUGUGCUCUUUAAUCCGAUGGUAGAGUCCGGCAUGCUCCCGGACACCGCAUGGCGCGUGGCCAUGAUCGUCCCGGCAGUGAUGUUCCUCAUCGUCGCUAUCAGCCUGAAGCUUCUCUGCUGGGACACCCCAACAGCCAGGCGUUUCGACGUGUCCGUGACUGGCAAGACCCAGAAGCCAUCCAUGAUGGAUUAUUGUGUGGUGCUCAAGGACGUUCGUGUGGUAGUUAUGAUUGCACAGUAUUCCGCUUGCUUCGGAGCUGAACUCGCGAUGAACAAUCAGUUAGCGACGCACUUUCGCACGUACUUCCAGAUGGCGGCAGCAGAUGCUUCUGCAUUGGCGGGCUCUUUCGGCUUGAUGAACCUUUUCGCCCGUAGUUUGGGAGGCAUUACUUCUGACCUGCUCUUCAAGAAGUUCGGCUUCCGCGGCCGCAUUUGGGCGCAGUUCUUGUCGCUCUUCUUCGAAGCCGUGUUCCUUUUCUGCUUCGGACUUGUGGACAACAGCCAGCCGUGGUAUGUGGCCUUGGCCGUGCUCCUGUGCUUCAGCUUGUUUGUGCAGAUGGCUGAGGGCACCUCUUAUGGUAUCGUGCCUUUUAUGAACAAGCAACAGUUGGCCAUUGUGUCCGCCUUGGUCGGUGCGGGCGGAAACCUGGGUGCCGUCAUUGCCGGCUUCGGCUUCUACCGUCCGAUCGAGGACCCGCUCUUGCCUUUCCAGAUUCAUGCGGGCUAUGUAAUGUUCUGGACCCUGUUGACACCGUGCUACUACUGGGCGGAGCACGGUGGGAUGUUCCAUGGACCGGCUGUGAAGGCUGCUGCGGCCGAUGGCCCUUCGGUGUGA